AUGCCCACUGCUGACGCCCCGCAUGCCGGUGUUGUGACUCUGCAGCCCAUCGCAAAGCGCGUCCUUCGAGGGGCGAAAACAGAGCGAAUCACCAAAAUGUGUGAAUCCCUAUGGAAGAUGACGGCAUACGGUUCCAUGCUGCUGCUGGAGGUGGCCAUCGUGCACCGGGAGUCCUGGUUCUGGAGGCCCAAGGACUACUGGGUGGGGUGGCCUAAUCAGCCCGAGCUGCCUCUGAUGCGGCUGUUGUUCGGCGUGCAGCUGGCCUACUACAUUUCCACCACCUUCACCCUGGCGCUGUGGGAGGUGCCCCGCAGCGACUACUGGGUGAUGCAGACGCACCACUGCUGUACCGUGGUGCUCAUCUAUUACAACUACGUCAGCGGGUACCAGCGGUGGGGCUGUCUCAUCAUGCUGCUCCACGACAUCAACGAUGUAAUUAUGGAGGUGGCCAAAUGCCUCAACUACGCUGACUUGCACACAGCAGCCAACACAGCCUUUGCGCUGUUCGUGUCGGCCUGGGCGGGCUUGAGGCUGUACGCCUUCCCUACCUUCCUCAUCCGGUCCACGUUGCUAGACAGCGUGCGCGUGCUGGGCUACACGCCGCCGCACCACGGCCUGCUCAACAGCCUGCUGUGCGUGCUAUACGGCUUCCACAUCUACUGGUUUGGUCUCAUAUUACGAGUAGCCUAUAUGACGCUACGGAAGGGCAAGGGCGAGGAUAUAAGGGAGAAAGAGGAGUGA